AUGACAUUAGGUUCUGCCUGAGUUUAAAAGGAUCUUCUGACAGAGAUCGGCAGUGCAGAGAGCUGGGUUGCUGAGCCAACAGACUGUGUUCCUCAACAUACCCCGAAGAGAGAAAGCAACCAAAUAAAAAGCACAUCACAGACAGAGACUUGGCAGUCUGAUCAUGAGCGAGAGAAAAAACACUGGAGCAAAGUAUGGAAAAGAGAAAGCAUCGGAUGGCAAAGAUGCGGCCAGAGCUUCGAAGGAGGACGCCGAGGAGUUUGACAUUGACCUGGAGGCUCCCGAGACGGAGAAGGCUGCUGUCGCUAUACAGAGUCAGUUCAGAAAAUUUCAGAAGAAGAAACAAGAUCCUUCUUAGGCUUUCUGUUGGGUGCUGCGAAGACGGCACACAAACAGACAACUCCCUCAAAGCUUUCUCCUGUGGGUGCAUGCAGUCACAAACACUCUGCGGUAUCUGUGUGUAUUGAAUAUAAUAAUCCCCCAAAAUGGCCUCUGUAAUACUCCCCUUAGUUAUUCCCCUGUAACCUAUUCACACAUUAAUAAAAUCAGUAUUGUACCCAA